UUUUAAUGCCUUUCCAUUCUUCUUUCAAGUUUUGGCUGGUCCAGGGCACUGAGGGCUGGUCUUGACGUGAUUUUUUAUAGUGCUUUGCUUCAGUUACGUUUUUUUGUCUGUAUCUGAUUUUUUGUCCUGUCACUGGACUGGAGACUCAGACUGGAGAGUGAAGAAAAGUUUUGGUUUUCAGGUUACACAUACCAGAGAGCUUGACAGCUCUGUCGUGUACCAGGAGGUGAGCCAGCUGAGUGCAUCAGUCAGUGCCGACUGUUGCUGUGAUGGUCUCCUCUGCUGCCUGCCAGCGUGGUCUGCUGGCGUCUGGUGCUGUCACCCUGUUGGUCGGUGUGGUGGCCGUCACUCUGCACCAGCGGCUGUAUGACUCCAUCUUGGACAAGCGGCUGCACCUGACUCCCGACUCGGAGGGCUACGAGUUCUGGCGCACGCUGCCCGUGCCCAUCUUCAUGAAGUUCUACAUGUGGAACGUGACUAAUUCCGCCGAGGUGGUCUCGAGCCACGCGCGGCCCGUCCUGGAGCAGCUGGGCCCCUACGUGUACAGUGAGAAACAUCUGAAGGUGAACAUGACGUGGAACGCCAACAACACCGUCACCUACCAGCAGGUGAAGACGUGGCACUUCGAGCCGGACCUGUCGGCCGGCCGGCUGGACGACAACGUCACCAGCCUCAACGUGCCGCUCCUGGCGGCGGCGGCGCUGAUCAAGGACAUGAACCUGCUGGUAAAGUUCAUGUUCAACGAACUGGUGAACCAGGUGGGCUCGCAGAUAUUCGUGACGAAGACGGCCCGCGAGCUGCUGUUUGACGGCUACGACGACCCGCUGCUGGAGGCAGCCGCCGUCGCCAAGUACCUGGCCAACAUCUCCAUACCGUUCGACAGGUUCGCCUGGUUCUACAGCCGGAAUGGCUCCAACUACUACGACGGCGUAUUCAACAUGGAUACGGGCGCCGAGGUCACCCAGCUGGGCCGGCUCCACUACUGGAACACCACCAACGCCACGGCCGCCUUCCAGCCGCCCUGCAACAUGAUCAACGGCUCGACGGGGGAGCUGUUUCCCCCGCGGCGGCGGCGCGACCACGUCGAGCUCUACUCCACGGACAUCUGCCGCUCCCUGCGGAUUCCCUACAAGGAGGAGGUGUCGGUGUACGGCCUGGACGGGUACCGGUACCAGGCCGAUGAGCUGCUGUUCGCUGCGCCCCAGACCAACCCGGACAACUGGUGCUUCUGCACCGGCGACUGCCCACCGGCAGGUCUGCUCAAUGAGACCCUGUGCCGGUUCGGAGUGCCCGCGUUCGUCUCCUUCCCGCACAUGUUGUACGCCGACCCGGCGGUCCUGGAUCAGACCGUGGGCCAGGAGCCCAACGAGACGCUGCACAACUUCAACAUCGCCGUGGAGCCGCUGACCGGGGUACCACUGGCCGUCCGCGCCCGGCUCCAGAUCAACAUGCUGCUGAGGCCCGACACAGACGUUGUGCUGUUGCGCAACGUCUCCACCGUCUACGUGCCGAUGCUGUGGUUCGAGAACACGGUGGACGUGACGCCGGCGAUCGCCGCCCGGUUCUCUGUGAUCGCGCGCGUGCUGCCGGCGGUCCUGUCUGCCGGCAGUCUGACACUGGCGGCGCUGGGCGGCGCGCUGCUGGUGGCCGGCCUGCUGCUGCUCGGCGCCCUGCGCAGCCGGCCGGCGCCGACCGACGGCGAGCCGCUGCUGGACGACAGCACGGCGGACGGCGCGGCCGGCGAGCGGUGACCGGUCACCUCAGCCGUGACCUGAGGCCGGUGACCGGUCAGCUCAGCCGCCCGCUGACCUGAGGCCGGUGACCGGUCAUCUCAGCCGUGAC